AUGAACUUUGGUGUCUUCUCGGACUGGUCGGGCAUGGCCUCGACGAGUCAGAACUCUAUGACUAAUUCGGCUGUUGCUCCAACACUUUUCUACUUCGAACCGGAGAGUACUUGGAUCCUAGCCUACCAAUGGGGCCCAACCGCGUUCUCCUACCGAAUAUCAAGUGAUCCCACGAACGCCAAUGGAUGGUCUUCAGCGCAGCCGCUUUUUUCCGGAACCAUUACAGGAUCUAGGACCGGCUGUAUUGAUCAGACGGUUAUUGGCGACUCUGAAAACAUGUACUUGUUUUUUGCGGGAGACGAUGGCAAUAUUUAUCGUGCGAGCAUGCCUAUUGGUAAUUUCCCAGGCGACUUCGGCACUCAGUCAGAGGUAGUCAUGAGUGACACUUCCAACAACCUGUUUGAAGCAGUCCAAGUCUAUACUAUCCAGGGUCAGAACAAAUACCUCAUGAUUGUCGAGGCUAUUGGAGAAAACGGCCGUUAUUUCCGCUCCUUCACAGCCAGUAGCUUAGGCGGUUCGUGGACACCGCAGGCGGCAAGUGAGAGCCAGCCCUUCGCUGGAAAGGCCAACGGCGGCGCCACCUGGACCAACGAUAUCAGUCACGGCGAUCUUGUUCGCAAUAAUGCCGACCAAACGAUGACUAUCGAUCCAUGCAACCUGCAGCUUCUUUACCAGGGACACGAUCCGAAUGCCAGUGGCGACUACAACUUGCGUCCUUGGAAGCCUGGUGUGUUGACUCUAAAGCAGUGA